AUGAUAGAAAAAGCUGAGCAUGAGAGAAGUAUUGAUAGAAAACAACAAAAAAUUAAAAAGUUAUUGGCAGAUGUUAAGACUUUAUACCAGGUAAGUCACUGGUUCAAAUUUAUUUACCAAAUAAAGAAGUUAUUAUAAUAAAAUUAUUUUUCAAAAUGCUUAACUCUCCUAAUUGUUCAUUAUGCAUACUAAAUAUCUUAAUGAAUUAAGACUGGAAACUUUUUUGUUUUUAGAAACUAGUUUUAUUUGGUUGCAUAUUGUUUAGUGUAAGCAUACUGUUGUCUGGAAUGAUUAGAAUUCUGCCUCAAUUGUAUGAGAGAAGAAAGCUUUUAGUUUGACAAAAAUUUCUCUGGGUUAGUUUGAGAUAACCGCGGCCCUUACUUGGCCUCUGCAGAGAACAGUUUGACUCUGAUGGAGCUGUCUAGUGAGAAUAGCUAAUUUAAUGAAAUACAUAAUAUAUUCCGGUUCCUAGACAUGUGAGGAGGAAGAGGCGAAAGAUGAGUUGAUUGGGAGAGUAAACGAAGAAAACUGGGAACCUGAGGCUAAGGCAUUUGAGCUAUGGAGUUCUGCAGAAAAUGUUGAAGAAAUGCAAGGUACAGGCAAUAUAUAUAGUCAGCCUUCCUUAGCUAGAGAAGUUUGUGGUAUUAUUAUUGUUGCAAGUGCAAAUCACCUCUGGGAUUCAUGCAGUAUGCAGUUUUUGUCUUUUGAUAAAUAAUUUUGUCUUAAUUUCCCUGCGUAGCGGCCUCAAAAUACAAGGCCUUUUGACAACCACCACACAGGCUAGUCUUGAUUGCCCCUACGAAGAGUGAUUCUAGUUUGACCAGCUGGCCUUUUUAUGUGGCCUUUUUUAUUCAAGAUAAAACAGUAGCACCUGGAAAACUUAUGUUAGCAAGCAUUGUCGAUUUGUCGAUGAGGCAAAUACUGUAGACUAAAGAGUGAACUUGCUCCUUUCAAUUACUUUGAACAUAUAUAUUAGCACCAUUUUCUUUACACACAGUAAUAACUUCUCUUUAUAUAUAUAGGAAUAAUUGUUGCAUUAAAACGUAAGAGAGCAGCUGUUUCUGCUGAGUGUUCAGAUGUUUUGUCAAAACUGAAAGAUCUAAAGAAAACAACCUAG